AUGGGUGAGAAGGUGUCUUCAGAAACAUUUGAGGAAGCUAUCCAAUCCAUUGUUUUAAGCAAUGCCUGGGUGGAUCUGAGGCACGUAUUGAAUGAGGAGUAUCAUUUUGACAAUGAGUCCUUUCUGAAGGGGAAAAAGCUCAUUACUGAUGGGAUAGCCAGUGUGAAAGGCAACAUUAGGCAGCAGAACUUCUAUACAGCAAGAAAGAGACUGGGGCAAAUCUUUCACACCCUGCAGGAUUUCUACAGCCACAGUAAUUGGAUCGAGCUGGGCUACAAGACUCCUUUUUCCAACUUGAUCCAAUCCAGUGCCUCUCUCGAAAAUAUUGCAUCUAAAGGUGAGCCAACAUGCAGUGACUGUGCUGAGGGGACAUGUCCGGACAACACCCUGGAAAGUAUAUUACAAGGAAGGAAGCUCACAUCAGGGUAUUUUGAUCUCAGGCCUUGGGCAUCAAAGCCAACAGGGAAGUGUAGUCAUGGUGGGUUGUCUGAUUUCACUAGUGAUGAUAUUCCCCGUGGAGGUAUCAGUAAGGAUACUUACAGUUCAAAUCAUGGCUCUCUGCAUGAAAUAGCUGCACAAAUAGCCACCACAGCUACGAUGGAACAGCUUCAGGACCUCCGCAAUGCAGCUGGAGAUGAUGAGUUUCUACGGUUAAUGGGAAUUUCUCGUCCUUCUGUGCUCUGUUUUGUCAUUGACACUACAGGUAGUAUGUUUGAUGACAUAGAAGAGGCUAAGAGAAGAUCCUUCUCCAUUAUAGACACAAAACGUGGAACCUCCAAUGAACCCUCUGCUUAUAUUCUGGUCCCCUUUAAUGAUCCUGAUUUUGGACCAGUGACAAGGACAAAGGACCCAGAAGUUUUUAAAAAGAAGAUCAAUGCUCUCACUGCCAGUGGAGGAGGUGAUGAGCCAGAGAUGUGUCUGUCUGCCCUUCAGGUGACUAUAUCAGUGCCCCCCCCUUCCUCAGAGAUCUACGUGUUCACUGAUGCCUCAGCUAAGGACUCCUACCUGAAGAGCACCAUCAUUGCACUGAUUGAGAGCACCAAAUCUGUGGUCAGCUUCUUGCUCACAGCCGGCCUGUCUCGGCGGCGACGGUGGAGCAGCAGUAGUCAGGAACACGGGCAGCUGAUUGCAGGUCGACUCUCUCAAGAUGCAGCCCUGCUGUACCAGGACCUGGCACAGACAUCAGGGGGGCAGGCAGUACGCGUCAGCAAAGGUCAACUGUCGGAGGCCUCUGCCAUCAUUUCCUCCAGUGCUGCUCUGGUGACACUGUUCCAGUCUGUGACUGACCCAGGAAAAACAGAGGAAAUAUUUUCAUUCUAUGUUGACCCCUCGGUCAGUAACCUCACUCUCUACAUCACAGGGAGCUUCCUCAACUUCAAACUGCACAGCCCUGCAGGUUUAUCUCAGAACAGUUCUGUGAUAGAAGGACCUUUAGGCAGGCUGCAUGCUGUGGGGAAUUUAUACACUGUGUACCUGGAGAACCAGACUGGACUGUGGGAGAUCAAUGUCACAUCCUCAAGGCCCUGCAGCAUCAAAGUCACAGGGCCAGGAAAGAACUGUUCGUGA